AUGACUAUCCCAGAGGAGGUUGAUAUCAUCAUCUGCGGUGGCGGCAGUUCAGGGUGUGUUCCUGCUGGCCGUCUCGCCAACCUCGACCACAACCUCUCUGUUCUACUGAUUGAGGCUGGCGAGAGUAACCUCAAUAAUCCAUGGGUUUACCGUCCUGGUAUCUACCCAGUCAACAUGAAGCUGGACUCCAAGACAGCUUCUUUCUACCACUCGCGCCCGUCUGAGCAUCUAGACGGACGUCAGGCCAUUGUUCCAUGUGCCAACAUUCUCGGUGGUGGCAGCUCAAUUAACUUCAUGAUGUACACCAGAGCAUCGGCGUCAGACUACGACGAUUUCCAGGCCAAGGGCUGGAAGACCGAGGAACUGCUUCCUCUCAUGAAGAAGCACGAGACGUACCAGCGUGCCUGUAACAACCCGGAUAUCCAUGGAUUCGAGGGCCCCAUCAAGGUCUCGUUUGGUAACUACACCUAUCCGAUUGCGCAGGACUUCCUCCGCGCGGCCGAUUCCCAGGGCAUCCCAACCACGGAUGACCUCCAGGAUUUGAAGACAGCUCAUGGUGCUGAGCACUGGUUGAAGUGGAUCAACCGCGACACGGGACGACGAAGCGAUGCCGCUCACGCCUACGUCCACAGCACUCGAGCCAAGCACUCCAACCUGCACCUGCAAUGCAACACCAAGGUCGACAAAGUCAUCAUCGAAAACGGACGUGCCGUGGGCGUUGCAACCGUCCCAACCAAGCCCGUCGACGGCAAGGAGCCCGUUCGCAGGAUCUUCCGCGCUCGCAAGCAGAUCAUCGUCAGCGGCGGCACCCUCAGCUCGCCCCUGAUCCUCCAGCGCUCUGGUAUCGGUGACUCUGACAAGCUCCGCCGUGCUGGCGUCAAGCCCGUCGUCCACCUGCCCGGUGUGGGCCGCAACUUCCAGGACCACUACCUGACCUUCUCGACCUACAGGGCGAAACCGGAUGUCGAGACCUUCGAUGACUUCCUGCGUGGAGACCCCAAGGUGCAGAAGAAGGUGUUUGGAGAGUGGAAUAUCAAGGGCACUGGGCCUCUAGCUACCAAUGGUAUCGAAGCUGGUGUCAAGAUCCGUCCGACGCAGCAGGAGCUCGAUGAGUUCAAGAAGUGGCCGACUUCAGACUUUGUUGAUGGAUGGGAGAGCUACUUCAAGAACAAGCCCGACAAGCCCGUCAUGCACUACUCUGUCAUUUCUGGCUGGUUCGGAGACCACAUGCUCAUGCCCCCGGGCAAGUUCUUCACCAUGUUCCACUUCCUGGAAUACCCCUUCUCCCGCGGCUCUACGCACAUCACAUCCGCAGACCCAUACGACGCACCCGACUUCGACGCCGGCUUCAUGAACGACAAGCGCGACAUGGCCCCCAUGGUCUGGGGAUACAUCAAGUCCCGCGAGACUGCUCGCCGCAUGAGCUCUUACGCAGGAGAAGUGACCGGAAUGCACCCUCAAUUCAACUACAACUCCAACGCCCGCUCGCAGGACCUCGACCUGGCAGAUACCAAGGCGUACGCUGGUCCAAACCACCUCUCUGCGGGCAUUCAACACGGCUCCUGGUCCAGCCCUCUAACCCCAGGCAAACAAUCAUCCCCAACAGCCCUCAGCUCCAACAGGUUCGAGGCCCGCGACGAGCUCGAAUACAGCAAGGAGGACAUCGCCCAUAUCGAGAAAUGGGUCCAACGCCACGUCGAAACAACCUGGCACUCCCUGGGAACAUGUAGCAUGGCUCCGCGCGAGGGCAGCAGCAUCGCACCCCAGGGCGGCGUUCUCGACGAGCGCCUGAACGUCCACGGCGUCAAGGGCCUGAAGGUCUGCGAUCUGUCCAUCUGCCCUGAUAACGUUGGCUGUAAUACUUUCAGCACCGCCCUCCUCAUCGGCGAGAAAUGCGCCGUCCUGACUGCCGAGGACUUAGGGUAUAGCGGUGAUGCGCUGAAGAUGGACGUCCCUGAAUACCAUGCCCCCGGCGAGUUUGUUAACCUUGCGAGGCUGUAG